GUGGUGGAGUGGAGGCGUGGAGAGCCCCGAACGCGGUUUUGAGUACACAAGCGAGCGAAAAAAGAGGAAGAGAGAGAGAAAAGAAAAGGAGAGGCCCGCGACUGUAGUGGGGAGAUGUCUCGGCAUGCUGCCCCGGCGGCGCCGCCGCCGCUACCGGAGCGCGGCGAGAUGGACGAGGUGGUAGAGGCGGACCCGGAUGCGGAGGCGGAGGAUCAGGAGGAGAGGUGGGCGAGGCUUCUGCCGGAGCUGCUCUCCGACGUGGUGCAGCGCGUCGAGGCGUCCGGCGGCGAGCGGUGGCCGGCGCGGAAGGACGUCGUCUCAUGCGCCUGCGUGUGCCGCCGGUGGAGGGAGGCCGCCGUCGCUGUCGUGCGCCCGCCGGCGGAGUCCGGCAAGAUCACCUUCCCCUCAUCGCUCAAGCAGCCAGGGCCAAGGGAGAGCCCAAUGCAGUGCUUUAUCAAGCGGAAUAAGAAGAACUCUACAUUCUACCUCUACCUUGGCUUCACAAGUUCACCUGUGGAUAAAGGGAAGUUUCUCAUGGCUGCUAGAAGAUUUAGGCGUGGUCCCCAUACUGAGUACAUUAUAUCUCUUGAUUCAGAGGACUUAUCACAAGGGAGCAAUGCAUACAUGGGGAAACUGAGAUCUGAUUUCUGGGGGACAAACUUCAAAAUAUACGAUAGCAAGCCACCAUAUGAUGGUGCUAAAGCAUCAAGUAGUCGAUCUAGUCGUCGUUUCGGAAGCAGAAGGAUCAGUCCCCAAGUAUCAGCUGGCAACUAUGAAGUUGGACAGGUUUCAUACAAAUACAACUUGCUCAAAUCCAGAGGCCCCAGGAGAAUGUAUUGCACUCUUGAAUGCCCUUCAGCCCAAGAGACUUGGGAAAACUCACUCAAGACAAAGUUCAGGAGGCCCUUGGGGCCCACGACUUUACGAAAUAAAGCACCCCGCUGGCAUGAGCACCUGCAGUGCUGGUGCUUAAACUUCCAUGGGCGGGUAACAGUUGCAUCAGUCAAGAAUUUCCAGCUUGUGGCUGCUGCCGACCCCAGUGACCCUACUAGCAGCGUGGAUGAUGAAACGGUUCUGCUGCAGUUUGGUAAGGUCGACGAAGAUAUGUUCACAAUGGAUUACCGGCAACCACUCUCCGCGUUCCAAGCCUUUGCCAUCAGCCUCAGCAGCUUUGGGACCAAGCUAGCCUGUGAAUAGUGAUACAGUUCGAUGCUCUUCGUGUGGCUAUAUGGUCUGUGGUUGCUUGCAUGCUUGUUGUUGUUACUAUACUACGUCAUCUUUUUUUUUAGUUGAGUAUCGAUGUACCAUUUGUACCAUGCUGUUGUACAAGAGAUGUACUGUACUGUUAUGUCGUCAAAAGGACUUGUUCAAGAAGGAAAUUCUGUGUUAUGAACUUUUGCUCUGGUUCCAUGCAAAAAGACAUUCCAAUGUACAUAUGUUCAUGGUGAACUGAUACUUUUUCCCCUUGAUAAAUAUCAUGUUUUGUUUGGAUA